UUGGUAUUACAUUACCACUUGAUAGCUACUCGGCGAAACGCAUAGAAACAUCUCUUUGCAUCGGAGGUUCUAGUCCAGAUCGACCUUGGACGAUGAUGAUCUUUUGCCUCUAGAUUUUCCCCGCUUUGCCCCGGCUUACGAUUGGAAUUUUGGAAGUUGCUAGUAAAUAGCAUUCCUUAUUUUCAAUUGCCAUUAUGAGAUCGCUUCGUUCCGAGAGUCCAAGUGGAUUAAGUGAAUUUAACUACUUCCCUUUGAAUUUAGGGCAGGAACAGGUCGCAUACUAUAUUAGGGCUAUCAGAGAGUCAAAUUUGUUGGCACGGUGUUUUGGGCACAGUUUCCUGUCACAACUUAAAGUUGUGUUCACUUCAUUGUUUGCCUACCUACCUAGCUACGUAGGUAGCUAGGUAGGUAGGUAGCUAGGUUGUCUCUUCUCUCCUCCCCCCAGGUGCAGGAUUUCGCAAGAAAGCUUGAAUCCCCAAUUUCACCCAAUAAACGACCCAGAUUCUAUUCUCUAUCGGGCUUAGUGUCAUCCGGCGUAAGUGAGUUUACGUUGUAGUGACGCUUGCUAUCGAGACGAUCCUCUAUCUCAUAAGUCGCAACAAUUCACUACACGGGUAACACUCACUGCUGGUGGUUUGCUUUUAUCCAAUUGACAAACCUCAAGCUAAUCAGGCUAAAAUGUUCCCGCUAAGCAAGUGCGAAGUUAGAUAUGGAUCUUGAUAUCAUCGCAUUGUUUGACCUUCCAUCCCGGUAAAUCAACUGACCUUACUAACCCAGCACAUACAUACAUAACUCAUAUGCCAUGCGCACUUAUUUUUCUUGGAACAGUGAAGAUACUCUUCUUAAGAAUAAAGGGAAGGCAGUGUGUGCUACUACAGAGAACGAAAGUGAAAGUACAGUUCCGCUCUUAAACAUGGAUUCCUCAAACAUGACAGAUGGGAAGAGUGAGGAUGGCGUGGCAAAUUCUAAACACGUUAAAGGCUUUACGUCUCCAUCAAGGCAAAGUAAUCCACGCGACGGUCGCAUUUCGCCAGUCUCGAAGACAUCGAUUGACGCCGAAGGAUUGACCGCCGAUCCAAUUUCCGAUGACUUGUCGAUACAGGACCAAAAGAUCUUGUUGGUUGCAAGAGAAAUUGAUCUCAUGGGCAUGGGAAGAUAUCAGUGGUAUAUAUGGUCCUUAUGUGGCUUGGGAUACUUUUUGGAUCUACUCUGGGCGCAGGCAUUCGGGUUGAUUGCACCGGUUAUGCAGAAGGAGAUGGGAAUUUCUGAUACUCAAUUGGGCCGUAUUUUUACAGUGGUCAACGCUGGGUUGACUGUGGGAGCUUUUGUGUGGGGUGUCUUGGUAGAUAUCAUUGGUCGCAAAUGGGCUUUCAAUGGCACGGUUUUCAUUACCUCUAUCUUUGGUAUUUGCAUGGCGAUACCCAGUUCUUACAAUGGCCUUCUUGUGUUAGUUGCCUUUACAGGCUUUGGCAUUGGAGGAAAUAUUCCUAUAGACACAACAAUUGCUCUGGAAUUCCUUCCCCAGAAAAAUCGUUUUAUGUUGGCACUCCUGUCCAUUUUCCAACCGAUUGGAGUUGUAGUUUGCAGCGGCAUAGCUUACGGAUUUAUACCCAAUUUUUCCUGCGCGACAGACCUAAAAUCAUGCAAAGCAAAUGACUUGACACCAGGAGCUCAAUGUUGUUCCAAGAAAGAUAACAUGGGGUGGAGAUAUCUCCUAUAUACACUGGGCUCGAUAUCCUUGCUUGUGUUUUUAAUGCGAUUCUUCAUAUUCACCUUCCAAGAGUCGCCCAAGUAUCUUCUCAGCAAGAACAGGGACGUUGACGCUUUCAGAGUGUUAGAAAAAAUCGCAAAAACGAACGGAAAAACUUUAACCAUUACAAUCGAGGAUUUUAGGGCUUUGGAUAAACCGGAUGAAAUUCAGUCUCCCAUUUCCAUUACGUCUGGCAACGCUCGCCUUCAAGGUGGAAAAGUUCCUGGCGAUCCAACUUUGCGCCAAAAGAUCAAAAGGGAAGUCAAAAGGAUUGGGGUUUUAUUCAAAACAAAGCAAAUGGCACGAGUUACAAUAUUGGUAUGGAUAAUAUACGCAUUUGACUAUUGGGGAUUUUCCGUCUCAGGUGCAUUUCUUCCUACAAUUUUGGCACGGAAGGGUCUGGAAAAAGCAGUUGGAUACUCCGCAACUUACCGUAACUUUGUCAUCAUUUACACGCCGGGUAUCCUAGGUGUAGGUUUAGGAGCUUUGAUGGUAAAAGUGUCUCGAACAGGAAGACGAAUUUCCAUGAUCUUUUCAUCUGCGUUAAUGGCUACGUCAUUCUUUCUCUUCGCGGCAGUCAAUACUCAAGCAGCGAACGUGGGACUUAGCGUCAUGGAAUAUUUCUUUCAAUCUAUGUUCAACUCGGUACUCUAUGGCUGGACACCAGAAGCGUUUCCGGCAUCGGUAAGAGGAACAGCUAGUGGAAUGGCUAGUUGUUGGGGAAGGUUGUUUUCUAUCUUCAGCCCAUUGAUUGCAGCGAAGUUGUUGGCGAUGAGCCUUAAUGGACCUUUGUUUUUGGCUGGGGCGGGUACUUUCGUGGCUUGUUUGGGAGUAAUUUGCUUGCCGGAUAAUGUGAUGAAGGGGAAUGAGAUUUAGAUAUACUGGUGAAAUAGGGACAGGGACAGGGACAGAAAUACCCAAUAGGAUAAAGAGAUAUGUUGUAAUGAGCAUAUGGCGGGUAUAAAGGGAUUUGAGAGUGUCAUUAAGAAGACUUCUACAUGAUUGAAGUCGAUAAGAUAUCAUAAUCCUUCAUGCUAAUGAAGAUAGAGCGAUGGAAUACCGAUUUUGAGAAAAGUAGAAAGCCAGCAUAAUGCUAAGAAGCUUAAUAAUAUUGUGAAUAUGAAAGCUUGAAUUUAAACUU